AUGUUUUCUUUGAAAAUAUAUCAUGGUGGUGAAUUCUCAAAGUUUCCUGGAAGACAAUAUGUGAACGGAAGACAUUCGUACAUUGAUUUCUUAGAUGCAGACGAGUUCUCAGUUCAUGAGUUAGACUCCAUGAUGUUACAGUUAGGGUAUGAUGGUAAUAGGAAAAUGUAUUACCAUUUUAAGAAGCCUGAUAGUGAUCUUGAUGUUGGGUUGAUGGCUUUAGGUAGUGACGGUGAUGUAUGCAAACUAACAAGCUAUGUCCCAAAACAUAGAUUGCUAGAGGUAUACAUUGAACUAGAUAAGACAACGGUUUGCACUUACUUCCAGUCACCAGGAGGUUCUAAUGUUAUUAUUCAGGAAAUUGAAGAUGAUGGUACCCCUGAUUAUACCAGAGUACGAUCACGAGGUUCUAGUUCUACAAAUGAACACGCUCUCCCAACCAAUGUUGACCAUUCAAUGUCACAAGGUAUUGACUCAAUUCAUGAGGAACCAGACGGCGAAGAUGGUUUUGAUAUAAGUGAAGAUGAAGAUAAUGGAAGUGAAGACGAUGACUUCUAUGUCGAUGAGGAGGACGUAUUGCAUGAUGUGGAAGUUGACAUGAAUGAUUUCUAUGUGAAUACUAAUAAAGAUUUGGAAUGGAUUGAGCCAAAAUCCAACUUGAAGGAUGUUACAGAUGAAGAUAAUGAGAACAUAGAGAUAUUGGAUAAUGAAGAUUUUGAUUCCAUUUCUGAAGGUGAAGAGGGUAUAGAUAGAAUUAGGAAAAGCAAGUUAAGGGCGCUAAGGAAAAAAAACAAGGAGAUUGAGGCUAUUGGUUCAAAAGGGACACACUUUUCUGUAGGGCAAGCUUUUUACACAUCUAAAGAAGUCAAAAAAGCCAUUAACAAUUAUGCCGUAGAGAGAAGGAGAGAAAUUUCAUUGGAUAAAAAUGACAAAAACAGAGUGAAGGCUGUAUGUAAUGGUACCAUCCCAAAUUUGUCAUUUUCUACUAGUAGUGAUCCAAGCAAAGGUACUACAGUCAAGGGUAAAGGGGUAAAAUCAAUGUCAAGGUCUUGUCCUUGGGUACUUUACGUUUCUAAAUGGCGAGAGGAAGAUGAUUGGGUUGUCAAAACUUUUAAUGACAACCAUACUUGCCUCCAAUCAAGAAAAAUUAAAGCUUGCACAGCAACAUAUCUUUCAAAUAAGAUAGUUAAUCAAAUCGAGAGUAACCCCACCAUACCUCUGAAGGCUCUUCAGGAAGAUUUGGAAAGGAAGUAUGAGAUAGGAGUAUCACGGAUGAAGGUUUUCAGAGCAAAAACGAAAGCAUACAAUCAAGUUAUGGGUGAUUACAAGAUACAAUAUGAGUUAUUAAGAGACUAUGUCCUUGAAUUGCAAUCUAUGAAUGAAGACACGACUGUGAAGAUUGACGUUGAAGAAGAACCGAAUUUGUCAAACAUGGAGACUAGAGUGUUCAGGAGGAUUUAUGUAUGUAUUGGAAGUUUGAAGAAGGGGUUUAAGGCAGGAAAAAGAGACUUGUUGGGUCUAGAUGGGUGCUUCAUGAAGGGGCCUUACCCUGGCCAAAUAUUAACUGCAGUGGGUGUUGACCCUAAUAAUGGAAUAUAUCCUGUGGCCUAUGGCAUAGUAGAGGCUGAAAAUUUAAAGUCUUGGACAUGGUUCUUAUCUUGCUUAGGUGAUGACCUAGAUUUGCAAAGAAACUCAAAUUUCACAUUUGUGUCUGAUAGGCAAAAGGGAGUAAUCCCAGCAAUUGCAAAUCUAUUCCCAUGUGCGGAACACAGAUACUGCUUACGACAUAUACAUGAGAAUAUGAGGGUAAAUUGGAAAGCAAAUGUCUUCAAGGAUCUACUAUGGAAGUGUGCUAGAGCUUAUACAGUUCCACAUUUUAAUAAUGCUAUGGAAGAAAUUAAAAGUUUGGAUAAGGAUGCGUACGAAUGGUUGAAAGGAAUUCCUCCCCAACACUGGGCUAGAUCACAUUUCUUAGGAAGGGCAAAAUGUGAUGUCCUACUAAACAAUAUGUGUGAGAGCCUUAACAACCAAUUAGUUAAAGGGAGAGACAAACCCAUAAUCACUGCUCUAGAAUUUAUCCGAGAAUACUUAAUGAAGAGGAUUUCAAUUGUCCAAAAGGAAAUACAAAAGUGCAAUGGACCAUUAACUCCAUAUGGGACAAAACUGAUGGAUGCCAACAAAACAGAGGCUGCUAAGUGCAUUGUGGCUUUCAAUGGUAGUCAAAAAUACCAAGUGACAGGUCAUUUGUGUGAGCAAUUUGUAGUUGAUAUGAAAGAGAGGUCUUGUACAUGUAGAAGGUGGGAAGUGACUGGGAUGCCUUGUAAACAUGCUAUUGCCACAAUUUGGGAUAUGGGGAAGAACAAUGAGGGUGAUGGGAAACCUGAAAAUUACACAGAUCCUGUUUAUUGGCUAGAUACUUGGAAGAAGAUGUACCAUUUCAAAAUAAAUCCAAUAAAUGGAAGGAAUAUGUGGCCCAAGUCACUAUGUCCAACAGUCUUGAUCCCACCUCAUCAUCACAAACAAAUUGGAAGGCCAAAAAAGAAAAGAAAGAAAGGGGUCAAUGAAGGUGUCAGGAUCACAGAUGGUGAAGAUAUGGUGAAGUUUGGAAAGUUAUCAAGACAAGGAAAGUCAGUCAAGUGCUCAAAGUGUAACACCAUCGGGCAUAACUCAAGGACUUGUAAGGGUAAACCAGCAUCAGUAGUUGGUGGUAGUAAGAAGGAUAAGAAGGUAAAAAAAUCUGGUGGUGAAAAGAAGGCAGCAGGUGUAGACAAACCUUGA